AUGGCGCGGUACCUCACACCCGCCAAGAUCGGCCUCCUUGCCCUCCUCGAGCUCUACACAGACGAACAUGUUCCCACCACGGCCAUCAUCCCGGUGCUCUCGUUUAUCACAUCGCAUCUACUCGACCCAGACCCCCAGACCCUGACAACGACCGCCAGCAGAGACACCCGCUGGAAAAAAGCCGAAAGCACUGUGAGCCUUGUCAUAAGCAUCAAAGACUUCGAGAAGCUCCUCAGCGCCCACUCCGUCGUUGUCGGUCUCCCCGGCAGGAAGCUGUGGGAUACGUUCCUCACGAAGCUAUGGAGUAUCAACUCGCUCGACCUGCUCCACGAGUUUUUCGAUAGGCAGUCGAAGUGCCUAGCCAAGACGAAGGAGGAGCUGCGGCGGCUCGGAAUCGAGAAUGAGGCCGCGCAGCAACAGCAGACGGCCAUCACACUGUCGAGAAACUCGCCACUGGGAACUUUUGUGCGGAGAUGCCAAUUAGAGUUCACGAGAUUGCUGUUCCAUGACACGGCGCAGCUGUGGACGGACUUCGUUCAGUACCGCCAGCCUACGGCGGGAUAUCUACGGAGGAGGAAUCCGUCUUUUGGACGCCUCAGCUUUGACGAUGUACUGAUGGCCGGCAACCAGGGGGACUGGGAUCCCGAGGGUGUGGCGGCAUUGACUUCUGUCGUCUACGGGGACAUGAUUUCGACCGGCAGACUCUCCGCUGUGCCUGUCAGCACCGACGACAUCGAGCUCUUGCUUGAAUUCCAGAUAGAGCAGAUGCAAAAAUAUGGCAACCGGAUCCCACUGGAGCUACGCAACCAGUUCCAGGACCUACUCGGUGAUAGCUACAUCGUGCCGAGCUUGAGGCAUUACCUCAGCUUCUUAGACGCUUGGAGAUCGGGUGACUACCCCACGUCAUUCGACUUUCUCCACCGAUAUUUCGACUACACAAUGCAGAACCGAGACAAAACGUUCUACCAUUACGCGCUGAUGAAUCUGGCUGUCCUGCAAGCAGACUUUGGCUGCUAUAGGGAGGCAGUCACAGCCAUGCUCGAGACCGUCACAACAGCACGCGAGAAUAGGGACAUGACGUGCUUGAACUUUGCUCUCAGCUGGCUCUUCCAUUUCGGUAAAGCACACCCAGAUCUGGUCAGAGACCUGGAAGCGGACAGUCUCCUGGGCACUGCCAAGGAGAGCCUCGCAUACCUACGAGUGAAAGCCAAAGAGACGGGGAUGUGGACAUUAUGGGCGUCAGUGCUACUGAGCGAGGCGAAACUUGGUCUUGCCAACGGAGAGAGUGUGGCCACGUCGGUCGAGCUAAUGGUUCGGAGCUCACAUCUCGUCGCGGAGCGGAACAUGAAGAACAUGUUUGGAGCUCAGCUUUCGAUUAAAAUCGCGUUGUGGGAUAGGCUAGGCCUCUCGCCACUUUCGGCCAUGGACUGCGAAAUGUUCCUCCGGUGCCACGCGAGACACUCUAUAUUCGACGACGAGCUAAGAGUUACCUCUCGCCUAGCACAACAUCUCGCGGCAAGAGGCAAGUUUGAUGAAGCACUGCAAAAAAUGGAAGCUGUGGACGAGAACGCUCUACGGUCUUGGAAGCCCAGUCAGUACUGGUUCAAGUAUCGCGGAAUCAUCAAGCUGAGAAGGGAUUUGCACCAUAGCAAUCUGGAUGGUGCGGACCAGCUCCUCAGCCAGCUGCUCCAGACGAAAAAGGACGAUCUCGAGCCGGAUAUGGCCUUCGUCGUCGACUUCCUCCACAUCGACUAUCUCAUCCGACGGGGCGAUCUUUCGACGGCUUUCAGCAAGGUUGAGGACAUGCUCGCCUCGGUUCGAGACGACAAGAGAGACAUCUCGCUGCGCGUGAGACUGAUGCUGAUCAAGGUCCAUCUCUACGACAAGUGCGGUCGGCCACAGCGAGGAUUUACCAUCGCCAUGCGAGCCGCCAGCAUGGCUUGGAGAGCAAGGCUCGUAUCCUGCCUCUGGCAGGCUAUUGGCGCCAUUGCCAAUAUUCUAACGUCCUUGGACGAGUUCGAGGCUUCUAUCCAACUCCUCACCGCCGUCCUCCCGCGAUGUCUUGAGUGCGACUCCGCGGCACUCGUCGGGCAGCUCUACUCCUUCCUCGCGGACGCCAACAUGGGCAUGGCCGGCAAGAUGACGCCGCAGUCAGCCAAACGGAGAGAGUAUCUUACGCGGGCCACCGGCGCCGUCCAGAAGGCGUUUGAUCAUUAUUCCAGUGUCGAGGAUAUCACACGGCAAUGUGAGAUGAUGGCCAAGAAGGCAACCAUCAUGAAGGUCGCUGGGGACAAAGUUCUGGCAGCGGACUAUGCAGCGGCUUAUGUAGCGUUGAGAAAGAGCGCGGCUGCACUGUCGGCAUAA